UGAGAGGGUGGGUAGAUCGUAGCGGAAGUCUGGAUCGAGUUGUUGGCCGAGUGCGUUGAUGACUGCGACGAUUUUGGAAGCAACAAAAUCCUUGAGUGCGACGAGGGAGGACAUGACGCCAGAAAGAGGCCUGGACUUGCUGUAUCUGGUCAAGUGUGUUGUUGCAUGCUGGGACGCGUCGCUCUGGGAAGAAAUAAAUUUCAGGCACAAAACUUCAACUUCAUCCUCAAUCUACUUCUACUUCUACUUCAACUCUUGCUCUUGCUGUAUACUGCUGUUAUUGCUGCUGCCUCUGGCCAGAUGGACUUUGAGACCCUCAGAGCACUCCCACACGAUGCAUCGCACCCUUGCUACCGGGGCGACCCACAUACUCGCACAAAAGCCAAUAACCCAAUCACUCACCUCUUCACAAAACGCAAAGCCGAGCACAGACCCAUCACUGUUGCAGCGCCGAUGGUCCGCUAUUCAAAACUAGCGUUUCGCUCGACAGUCUCCCAUUAUGACUGUGAUUUAGUCUACACACCUAUGCUCCUUGCAAAAGAAUUCAGUAACCAUCCUAAUGCACGGAACGCAGAGUUUCACUCUUCAAGAGAGGAUGCACGGCCGCUUGUUGUCCAAUUUGCUGCAAAAGAACCAGAGUUCCUAGCAAAAGCGUGUUUGCUCGUUCGGGAUUAUACAGAUGCUGUUGGUUUGAAUUGUGGUUGUCCACAAUCAUGGGCGUGUCAAGCUGGGAUUGGUGCACAGCUCAUGAAAGAACCGGAACGCGUCUGUGCACUCAUCCGAGCAGCACGUGCAGCUGUGGGUGAGACGAUCUUGCUAGAAGCCAAGAUGCGCGUGCAUCGUGACCUGAAGGAGACGGUGGCCUGGGCACAAAUGGUGGAAGCGAGUGGUGUGGAUUGGAUCACUUGUCAUGGUCGAACGAAAUCAACACGUUCCUCUGAACCCGUUGACUUGGAAGCCAUUCGACUUGUUCGGGAAAGUGUCAAGAUUCCAGUGAUUGCGAAUGGAGACGUGAUUAAUGCAGCGGAAGCGAGACGCAUCUAUGAAGCGACAGGUUGUGCUGGAGUCAUGUCUGCGCGCGGUCUCUUCGCCAACCCUGCACUCUUCUCAAGGACUCGACGCGAGGAUGCAGUCGGGUGUCCAUGGCAUGCAGUCGAGCGAUUCAUGGACCACGCAAUACAGACAAAGCUGCACCCCAAGUUACUGCAAAGUCACCUGGUUGAGAUGUUUGGCAGUGGCAGGUUUUGGGAUAAAAAGACGAGGAUCGCCUUUAUGGAAGAACGAACAACGGCGGGGAUUUCAGACUUUAUUGAUGCACGGUAUGUCAGACUCAGACCUGGCGAGGAGGGUUUUGCUGAGAGGGAAACACCGAUACGCAAGACAGUGGCAAGGACGGCACCUGAUGAGAAGAAGACAAACGUAGAUGCAUUGGCAGAGACACUAGAAGCAGUCUUGUAGACCUUGAUACCUAGACGAGCUUCUGCUUGGUGAAGAAGGUCUGUAGAUGAGUCAAUUGCCAAGCACACGUCGCAGCGAGCACGAACAGCUGUACAAUCGACAAGCGCACGACGCGUGCAUUGGUCUUUUCACUCACAUUCCUGAACUCUGCUUCACGUUCCCGUUGAAAGACCUGUUCCCGGCGGAUGUCCUGGAGUCGUGCAUUAAGAUCCUCGAUACGCUGUGCCAAGUCCUUCACCUUAUCCGUACCACCACCAGAUUUGAAAUCAUCUGUAUGCCCAA